CUCGUUGACUCGACCUACUUCCGCUACCGUCCCGUUGCGAUUUCGAACGCAAAGGUGUCUGGCGGUUGUCUAUUUUAUUGUGAUUUCACUGAUAACCUGAACGUGUCAGUAUAACGUAGAUACUUAAAAUGACUUAAACCCUUAUUCUUAUUAGUCCAACUCGAUAUAUUAUCAGUCAAUUUGUAUUUAUCCUCGUAUCGGGAUUGAUUUCUUGAGAGUUUUGAGGUUAGGACGUCUGCAACAUUAGUAAACAAUGUGGGUGUUGUGCCAAUCAGUUUUGACUCAGUCUAAGUUUAGUUUGCGCUUGGGUUCAUGUCAAACAUUACAAUUGAGCUUGAGGACCUUGGCUCAAAAUCUUAAUAACAUUCAAGAUGAAAUUCAAACCAAGACUUCUCAGAAUCCAACCAAAGUUAUUAAAGUGGCUCUGAUUGGACGUCCAAAUGCUGGUAAAAGUACCCUGAUCAAUCAAAUAGUCGGCCGAACUGUUAGUCCUGUGUCUAUGAAAACGCAUACUACAAGGGCAAAAGUCAAAGCCUUCACCAAUGUUGAAGACACUCAAAUCGUAUUUUUUGAUACGCCUGGACUAGUAUCUCCUGAUGAAGUGAAGAAGCUGAAGUUUGAGUCUGAAUUUUUGAGAAGUGCUGAGGGAGCUAUCCAGGAAGCUGAUGUUCUUGGAGUUCUUCACGACGUAUCGGGAUAUAAAUCAGAUAUGCUGGAUCCUUCUGUCAUCCGUCACCUUCUUUUAUAUCAAAGAAAGAAAACUUUUCUAUUAUUGAACAAGGUUGAUGCUAUCAAGAGAAAAGGUUCCCUUCUAGGUCUGGUACGAAGUUUGACAAAAUCUCCAAAAUCUCCUAUACCAGCAAAGGCAAAUUUGACUGAGCAACAGGUUGCAGCUCUAUCAGUAAAUCUUUCUUCCUGGCCUCAUUUUUGUGAAGUUUUUAUGGUGUCAGCUCUGGAAGGGAAUGGAGUUGGAGACGUAAAGGAGUAUCUUCUCCAUGAAGCUCAGCCAGGCGAGUGGUUAUUUACUGAUAAGAAACUACGCAAUCAACAUAGAUUAGCUGUGGACUUUGUGAAAGCAGCAUGUCUAGAUUAUUUGCCUGAUGAAGUGCCCUACAAACUUCAAUUUAAAUUAAGUUAUUUUGAGGACUACGAAGAUUCAUGUGCUGUUGAAGUGAGGAUUGUGCCGGCAAACAAACGGCAUGCACGAAUGAUCAUGGACAGAGUACGGCCAAUUGCACAAUAUGCAGAAGCUAAUCUUGGUAGUGCUCUGGAGAAGGAGUGCAGAUUACGACUGGAUAUUCAGCAAGAAGAGAUAUUUUAAAUAAAGCUAAAAAUUGUAACAUCAAAACAAUAUUUCAAGCUGUUUUUAUUCAAAAAAUAAAUACCACGUACCACU